AUGACGUUAAACUUAUUGAGAUGUUCAUUUAUCAAUUAUGGAUUAUUGGAAUUAAAAAAAUCAUCGCCGUUUUUAACGUUAAGACUGUCAUUGUAUACAUCUAAAGCCAGAGUCAAGUGGUGAAUUUCGAAUUGAAAGGGACACUUUUGGUGAGCUAAAGGUCCCUGCUGACAAAUAUUAUGGAGCACAAACAAUGCGAUCAAAGAUAAAUUUUCCAAUAGGUGAUAGUUUUGAACGAAUGCCUUAUGGUGUUAUUGUUGCAAUGGGUAUAUUAAAGAAAGCUGCAGCUCUGGUAAAUAAAGAAUAUGGAAUGGAUGCAAAAAUAGCAGAUGCUAUUAGCAGAGCUGCAGAUGAUGUUAUAUGUGGAGACCUUUAUAAUGAUCAUUUUCCAUUGGUAAUUUGGCAAACAGGUUCUGGGACACAAAGCAAUAUGAACACUAAUGAGGUGAUCUCAAAUCGUGCAAUUGAAUUACUUGGUGGUAAACUUGGGUCAAAAAAUCCUGUUCAUCCAAAUGAUCAUGUAAAUAAAUCUCAAAGUAGUAAUGAUACAUUUCCUACUGCUAUGCAUAUAGCAGUUGCUUUAGAAAUUAACAGGAUAUUACUUCCUGGUUUGGAAGAAUUGCAUGCUGCAUUAGACGAAAAGGCUAAAGCGUGGAAAGAUAUAAUAAAAAUUGGUAGAACUCAUACUCAAGAUGCUGUGCCCUUAACAUUAGGACAAGAAUUUUCAGGUUAUGCAGCACAAGUAUGCAACGGUAUUAAAAGAGUAAAAAAUACUCUUCCAAGAUUAUACGAGUUAGCACUUGGUGGUACUGCAGUAGGAACAGGAUUAAAUGCACCAAAAGGUUUUGCAGAGAAAGCAGCAGCAAAGAUUGCAGAACUUACUGGCUUACCAUUUGUAACUGCUCCUAAUAAAUUUGAAGCUUUAGCCACUAAAGAUACUAUGGUAGAAGUGCAUGGUGCACUUAAUACAUUGGCAGUUUCACUUAUGAAGAUAGCUAAUGAUAUUCGAUUUUUGGGAAGUGGACCUCGUUGUGGUUUAGGAGAACUAUCUCUUCCUGAAAAUGAACCAGGAAGCUCUAUUAUGCCUGGUAAAGUUAAUCCAACACAAUGUGAAUCAUUGACUAUGGUUUGUUGUCAAGUUAUGGGUAAUCAUGUUGCUGUAACUAUCGGUGGAAGUAAUGGCCAUUUUGAACUUAAUGUAUUUAAACCUCUGAUAGUUGCAAAUACGUUAAGAUCUGCAAGAUUAUUAGGUGAUGCUUGUGCAUCAUUUACAAAGAACUGCGUCAUCGGUAUUAAACCGAAUAAAGAUCGUAUUAGCAAACUUUUGAAUGAAAGCUUAAUGCUUGUUACUGCCUUAAAUCCACAUAUUGGUUAUGACAAGGCUGCUAAAAUUGCAAAGCAAGCUCAUGCAGAAAAUCUCACGUUAAAAGAAUCAGCACUGAAAAAUGGUUUAACUGCAGAACAAUUUGAUGAAUGGGUGAGACCAGAAAAUAUGAUUGGCUCCAAAUAAGUUCAAUUAAAUUGAAAGAAGUUAAAAAUCAUACAUUUUUUACCAAUAGCUAUUUUUUGUUUACUAUAAAUAUUCUUAUUUUCAAAGAAUAAAAAUAUUUUCAUUACAUAUUAAUUAUACAUAUUUAAUAAUAAUUUAUGUGAUAUAUUAUUUAUAAGAAAUAUUGCAGAUAAUAAAAUAUUAUAAUAGUCUUCAAUUUAAUGAACAGAAGUUUUAUUUUUUAAAAUUUGUGUUGUAUAAUCAUGUUACAAUACGUGCUGUAAAUCUUGUAUGUUAUCUGUAUUACAACAGUCUGAGGGCAUAGGUCAAUAAACAGUUUUAGAGUGUAACUUUAGCACGUUAAAUUCUAAAUUAAAACGACACAUACAAAAUGAAUACAUUAAAAAAAAUACAAAAUAUUAUUGCAAAACUUGGAAAUCGUAAUUACGGUAAAGUUGGAAUAAUUGGUGUACCAUUUGAGAAAGGACAGGGUUAGAUGUGAAAGAUUAUGGUGAUAUUUCAUACAAAGCAAAAAAUAUAGAUGGAAUUAAUAAUAUGUCACAUUUGGGUGAUGUUGCUGGUUGUACAAGUUGUUUAUCUGAACAAAUUCAACAAAUUUUAAAAGAGGAUCGAAGAGUAUUGACUAUUGGUGGAGAUCAUAGUGUAGGAAUUGGAACUAUAGAUGGUCAUGUUAAGGAAAAAAAAAAUGUAGGUGUUCUAUGGAUUGAUGCUCAUGCUGAUUUAAAUACAAAUAAAACUAGUGAAAGUGGAAAUGUUCAUGGAAUGCCAGUAGCAUUAUUAACUUCUGAAUUGGCUGAUUACUGGCCACAUUUACCAGGAAUGGAUUGGCAGCAACCAAUGUUAUCUAUUAGAAAUGUAGCCUAUAUUGGAUUAAGGUCUAUUGAUCGUUAUGAAAGAUUAGUUAUUGAAAAAUUUGGUAUUACAGCUUUUGGUAUGGAAGAUGUUGAAAGAUAUGGUAUUCAUGAUGUCGUUUACAUGGCACUAAAUAAAAUAGAUCCCAGUGAAUCAAAAUCAUUACAUGUUAGUUUUGAUAUUGAUUCCUUAGACCCAUUAGAAGCACCAUGUACAGGAACUCCUGUACGUGGUGGAUUAUCAAUCAGAGAAGCUGUUCAUUUAAUGGAAAUGUUAUAUAGAACUAAAAGACUAAAUGCGGUAGAUCUUGUAGAAGUAAAUCCACACAUUGGUAAUCAACGUGACAUUCAGUUAACUAUUGAAGCUGCUAUACACAUUAUUCAAGCUGGAUUUGGUUAUACGAGAAGAGGUCUUAAAGUUCCAGAAGGUGUUACAGAUAUGCCAUUACAGACAUUUAGAUAAAUUAUAAUCAUCUUUAUUGACAAUAUCAUAAUAUUAAAGGUAAUCAAGUUACCAUGUCAACUCUCCUUUGAAGCUUAUAUAGUAACAAACUUUUAUACAUUUUUAAACAAUACCACAAAAAUAUAAGAGAAAAACAAAACAAAAUAAUAUAUUUCAUUAUUAUAUCCACUAAAUUUCAUGAAUCACAAAUGUUUUAUCAGAGGCAUCAUUAAAUUUAAUUUCUACCUUUUUUAUCUCAGUUUGGUGAUCAGGAUGAACUUGAUAUUCCAAAUGUAAUUUUCCUUUAGUAUUAGUGCCUUUUACAUUGACAUUAAAUGUUUUAAUAUCAUUGGUUUUAUUCACAGGAAGUGUUAUUUUUCCUUCUGUUAUUGGUUUUCCUAAAUAUUUAAUGGCAUCCUCAUGGUUAUAAAAUAUAUUCAAUGCUUUUUUAUAAGUGACUGUUUGCCGAAUUCUCUGUUGCAUAUAAUAAUGCAUACAAAUUUCUGUAGUUGCAAUUACACAACCAAUAAAGGCAGAUAAUUUAGCCGUUGUUCCAAUAUAAGAUAUCUUUUUAAAUGUUAUCAUUAUUAAAUUAAUAUUUAAGAAAAUAUUUUCCUAUGAACGCAGAGUAACUUUACUGAACUGUUUGAUAUUUAAGCAUUGAACCAUGUUUUUACAUAUAUUAUUAUUAUAUUAUUAUCGUUAAAAUAAUUACUGUUAAAAUAAAAUGAAAAAUAGGCACUACUGAUGCUGAGCUACAUGUUAUUAAUAAACUCUAAAUAUAUUAUAUCACAAUAUACAACACUGUAGUAGAACAUGCUUUCGUC